AUGAAGCUCACCACUUGUUGUGGCAAAAUCAACUAUGGAGCUCGAAUUGUUGGUGGAAGCGAGACAGAGGUGAAUAUGUAUCCAUGGAUAGCUCGACUGUCGUUCAUGGGCCGAUUUUUCUGUGCUGGAUCGCUGAUCAAUGAUCGAUACGUUCUGACUGCGGCACAUUGUGUCAAAGCAUACAUUUGGUUUAUGGUCAAAGUGACGUUCGGCGAGCAUGACAAAUGCAAUUCGAAAUCGGAUCCAGAGUCACGUUUCAUACUUCGAGCCAUUACACAGCCGUUAAGCCACACAAACUAUGACAAUGACAUCGCUUUACUUCGGCUAAACGAUCGAGUGCCGAUUAAUGCAGUCAUUCGACCGAUUUGUUUACCCAACCGCCGUGCGUCGCAUUACGCCGGCACAACAGCCACUGUUGCAGGCUGGGGAUCAAUGAAAGAAGAACAAGAAGUACUAUCAUGUGUGCUACGAGACGUCAAAGUUCCAAUUCUAACCAAUUUGGAGUGUGUUCAUCGGUCAAGCUACACAUCGAGCAUGGUAACAGAGAAUAUGAUGUGUGCGGGUUACUUUGGCGGUGGAAAAGACUCGUGCCAGGGUAAUUCCGGUGGACCAUUGAUGGCGCAACGAAACGACAAACGAAUGGAGUUGGCCGGCAUUGUUUCAUGGGGUAAAAACAUUCAUUUUCCAGAUUACCCUGGUGUCUACACACGAGUAACGCGAUACCUGAACUGGAUUCGACAAAAUACGCGUGAUGCAUACUAUUGUCGAAACAAAUGGCCGUUCGACGCGAUCGAUUCCAGUCUGAACGCGCGAGCUAGACGACAAGUCAUCGAAAUAACGUCAUUAAGGCAUAAUUUUAAGCAAAAUUUUACAUGUAAUUAG